AUGGCCGCCCGGCCUUUUGCGCCCGCCGCCUCCAGCAGGUCUGGCGACUACUUCCCGCCCCAGAACGGUCAUGACCAUCAUCAGCCUCUCGACCACGACCACGACCAGCAGACUCUCUCCAACACGCUCGCCAAUACUCAUCUCGCAGCCGGCACCAGCACAAACGACUUCUCCCACGACAACCCCAACCCCUACAUCACCCAGCCCGACGCCGAGGGGUAUUUGGGCUCUCCCAGUCGCCAGCCAAAGUUUACUGAGGAGUGGGAUGCCAGCGUGAGGGGCAGCUCCAUCCUCAACCAUCCCGCCAUGCAGCGCUCAAGCUCGGUGGUCUCCCACCGCUCCCACCGCUCCACAGAAGGCAGUCUCGCCGAUGGCCAGGCCGCUUCCCUGUCACGGGGCAAUACCCUCAAAAAGAAGAACUCCCUGCGCAAAGGCGGAGGCAGCCUCAGGCGCAGUGGCAGCCGCCGCAGCAUGAAGGCCGGCAGUGUGCGAAGCCUCGCUCUCCAAAGCGCCGAUGAUCCGGAAGAGGCCAACAACGUCUUCCACUGCCCCGUCCCGACCUCGGGAAAUCCCACCGAGACUCUAGCCAAUCGCUUCCAAACUUGGAGGAAGGUGCUCAAGGACUUGAUCGCGUACUUCCGGGAAAUCCAGAACCACUAUGAGCAUCGCUCAAAGUCUUUGCUGAAGCUCGCGAAUGUCUUGAACAACACCUCAACCCCGCCUGGCUUCAUGGCCGCGGGUGGACUGGACGAUGCCUUGCAAAUCCUAAGAAACUACCACAAGACAUCAAUUCAUGAAGCAAACAAGGCUCGGGAGAUCGAGGAAGACGUCAUCUUGGCAUUGACUGGGCUGAGGAGCGACUUAAACCAGAAGAUGAAGGAGAUCCGCGGCCUGUCUGGCGACUUCAAAAACUCCGUUGACAAGGAGAUGGACAACACAAGGCGGGCCGUGAAUGCGCUUUCCGAGUGCCUCGGUCAGACGGAACUCGACCCUUCCCUGACCACGGGAAAGCAAGACCCCUAUCUGUUACGCCUGGCAGUCGAUCGCCAGGUGGAGAGACAAUUGGACGAAGAGAACUAUCUGCACCAGGCAUAUCUCAAUCUCGAAACAUCUGGCAGGGAGCUCGAGUCGAUCGUGGUUGGAGAGAUCCAGAAAGCCUAUAACGCGUACGCAGGCAUCCUGAAACGCGAGUCCGACAAUGCGUACAGCGCCAUCGAGGACCUCCGAGGCGGCCCCAUUGGCAUGCCCAAGGAUUACGAAUGGUCCAACUUUGUCCAGCGAGAUGCUCAAUUCGUCGAUCCUGAGAUCCCUAUUCGUUCUGUCGAUCGAGUCCACUACCCUGGCAGGGAUCAUGUUGCCUGCCAGGAGAUCCGCGCUGGACUUCUCGAGCGCAAGAGCAAAUAUCUGAAGAGUUACACGGCUGGAUGGUAUGUUCUUUCGCCAACACAUUUACACGAAUUCAAGUCGGCCGAUAAGACGCAAGCCCCCGUCAUGUCGCUCUACCUUCCCGAGCAGAAACUCGGCUCGCACUCAACGCAGGGCGGAUCUUCGAACAAGUUCAUCCUCAAAGGACGGCAGACAGGUGGUAUGCACCGUGGCCACACCUGGGUGUUCCGCGCCGAGAGCCAUGACACCAUGAUGGCAUGGUACGAGGACAUCAAGGCUCUCACCGAGAAGACACCAGAGGAAAUAAGCAACUUUAUCCGAGGCAACCAUGCACGCUCAUACUCCCGCUCUUCGCAACGAUCCAUGAGCAGCGAUGGGAUGGUCGACGAAGAAGACGAAGAGCCGUUCGUCGCGAACCCCGCCGUUGCCAGUCCAGGCUCCCGCGAACCGCAUCAGAACAGGCCGCAGCCAGGUGGGCGAUUCCCAAGCGACCUCGAGGUUACCGCACAGAGAGGCUUACAAGUGCCCCUCUCGCCCAGCAGCGGCAGUUCUGCAGUACUAGACCGGGACAAUACCGUCCAUCACACCCAGGCCAAUGGAGCUCCAGAUCACGAUAUCAUUGCGGCCGCUGCUGCACAGCCGGGCAGCGGAGUAGGAGACCACUACCAUGGGGUCGCCACCAGGCAAUACCCGGUUGGACAGUCAUAUGGCAACACUGGUAGCGUAAUCAUGGACGAAGCCCCCAGCCAUGCCGCCAGGAUCGACCAGGAGGCCCAGCAGGAUGGUGUUAACCCAUACAGUGGAGAGUCAUUCCAACCCCAAUCCCAACAUCUGGCAUCGCAGCAGCAGCAAUGGCAGCCUCCCCAGGAUUCCAGCCAUCCCGCGCUUCUUGCUGGUCCCAUUUCUGUUAAAGAUCAUGGAGCAAGUCCACAGUCUGGGGCCAAUUCCGGUCCUCACGAGUUGCCUUCCAGAGAAGGCGCCGAUGAGAGUCAACAAAUUCAUCAGGAUGCACGCAUGCUGGGCGGAGCAUAUACCACGCAGCAGACACCCAACACAGCUAGCACAGGACACUCCGCCGACGGUUCCUGGCGGCCAUCUUCCGCAGUUAGUGUUGAUACACUCACAAGCGACUUGAGCAGUCCCGUGAGGCCGUGGGCCGGGAAGCGAACUGAUUCGACCCCUCAUGUUCCUGGGGAGUACCCUCGCAGCAUACCCGCGAGUACCCCAGGAGUGUAA